ACAACUAAUAAGCCUAGAAGAAGUGAAAGAGGCAAAUGAAGAAGACAAAGCACGGAGAUAUAUAACCGGCCGGAGAUUACAACUGAGAUUAUUAGUAGUGUGCCGAUUAGAUCAAACGAAGCCACAAUGGAGCUUCCAUUACUCUCUUACACCAACUCAGUCACGUUUUCGCGCACAGGCAUAUGCUCUUCUUCCUCUUCCUCCUCAACUAGUAUUAGAAACUUCCCGGGGAAAAGAAUGAGCUUAGGAAUGGGACUCAAUAAUUCAAGAAGCGUCAAAGCUUCAGCUGGACGGAGCACAGAAGGCGUCGAGAAGACAGACGGAGGACAGUUCGCCGGUCCUGUCAUGGAGGUCACUACACUUGAUCGCGGCUUUGCUAACUCCACGACCGUUGAUUUUCCGGUAUGGGACAAAAUUGGCGCCGUGGUUAGACUUACUUACGGGAUCGGGGUAUAUGGAGCAAUGGCUGUAGCAGGAAGAUUCAUAUGUUCAGUUACUGGUAUUGACUCGUCUGGUGGCUUUGAUCCUUCUCUUGAUGCUCUUCUCGCCGGUCUUGGCUAUGCUACACCACCCAUCAUGGCUCUCCUCUUCAUACUCGAUGAUGAAGUUGUGAAACUAUCACCACAUGCUCGAGCCAUCAGAGACGUGGAAGAUGAGGAACUAAGAAGCUUUUUCUUCGGAAUGUCCCCAUGGCAGUUUAUACUCAUUGUGGCGGCCAGUUCGAUAGGAGAAGAGCUCUUUUACCGUGUUGCUGUACAGGGGGCUCUGUCUGAUAUAUUCUUGAAAGGAACACAGUUGAUGACAGACUCUAGAGGCAUGGCCUCUCUGACCGGAGUCUUGCCUCCAUUUGUUCCGUUUGCUCAAGCAUUUGCAGCUGUGAUCACCGCUACUCUCACAGGCUCACUCUACUUUCUUGCUGCUUCUCCAAAAGACCCAACAUACAUUGUUGCCCCGGUUCUAAGGUCACGCCGCGAUGACUUUAAGAAGCUUUUGUCUGCUUGGUACGAGAAGAGACAGAUGAAGAAGAUUUACUCUCCUCUUCUCGAAGGACUCUUAGCUCUCUACCUCGGUAUUGAAUGGGUUCAGACGGACAAUAUCUUAGCACCGAUGAUGACGCAUGGUAUAUACUCGACGGUAAUAUUAGGGCAUGGGCUGUGGAAAAUACAUGAUCACCGUAGAAAGUUACGUCGGAGGAUCGAACUGCUUAGAUCAGAGACCGCUGAUGAAUGAACAAUUUUAAAAUCAUCUAUAGAUUGUAUGGGGGUGGGGCGGUUGGAUUUGUGUGUAUUUUUUUGGGGUAUGGGGUCGUAUAGUAAUAAUUAGAGAACUUAGAUCUCCAUAAAAUUUAGAACAGCUGCAUAUAUAUACAUAGCAUAUAGUUGUAUUUGUUCCUAGUUGUGAGGUUAAAAAUAGCAAUAUAGCUUGAGCCUCUCUUAAACUCA